AUGGGCGGGUGGAAUCGGCUCUCCGUCUGGGUCUCCGUCUGUUUGCUGAUCACCGGCAGAGGGGGCCUGCCCCAAGCGGAGGGCGUCUCGAUGUCUGUGGAGGACCAUCAAGUACGACGCGCGGAAAAUAUCUGAAUUUUUUCGUUUUCUUUGUGUUUCUCCCCCCCUCGGAUCCAUCGUAGAGAGCCUUUGGUCAACGCUUUCCCCUGUCCAAGUUCUAACGCUCCUAGUAGCACGACGAAUUCAUUAUUUGGAACGACAAGCCACACGUCACCAAAUGGUCUCGAUCGAUCGGUCUGCUACGAGUUCUUCUUAUGGAUCACGGGUACUUGCAGGUAGUGCUGGACAAUGGCAUCCUCCAACUCACGCUGUCGAACCCCGGCGGGAUAAUAACGGGCAUCGCAUACAAUGGCGUCGACAACUUGAUGGAAACCCGCAAUCAAGAGUUUGAUAGAGGGUAGAAUCAGCAUCUCUCUCUCUCUCUCUCUCUCUCUCUCGCUACACGUCUCUCUCCCAACUCCUUUCCUCCCGCACCACUCCGAAGCUCCUGCGCGUGGCCUUCUGACGCCUCGUCGCGCCAUGUUUCUCGCAGAUACUGGGAUCUUGUCUGGAGCGACCCAUUGAACCCGGGGCUAAUCUUUGACAGGUACGUAGUCGGCUCCUUGGGGUUGACAUCAUACUCAUUUUCUCUAUUAUGUCUCUUGUGAGAUCGAAUAGGAGAUAACAAUCGACUGUGGAAGAUCCACAGGAUCGAAGGAACGAAUUUCACGGUCAUUCUGCAAGACGACGAUCAGUUGGAGGUUUCCUUCACGAGAUCUUGGCUUCCAUCGUCCCUCACCGGAACCGGAGGCGUCCCCUUGAACAUAGAUAGAAGGUGCGCGCGACUAAACCAGAAUCUUCAUCAAUCCUAGGGACAUCACUCGUCCUUAACAUCCUCAAGCGACUGAAGACGAUGAGAGCACAGGUUCAUCUUGCUUCGAGGGAAGUCGGGGUUCUACACGUACGCCAUCUUCGAGCAUCUCAAGGGGUGGCCCGACUUUGACCUGGCCGAAACUAGGGUUGUCUUCAAGCUCAGCGAGGAUAGGUGAUUAUCCUUCGUCUUCCCCUCUUGUGGAUUCCAACUGAAGAUCUGCGAGAUGAACGUGCCCUGUUCACGCCGUUAGGUUUCACUAUAUGGCGAUGGCGGACGACAGGCAGAGGAUCAUGCCGAUGCCACAGGAUCGCCUGCCCCCCAGGGGGUACUCUCUGGCCUUCAAGGAAGCCGUUCGUCUGGUGAACGCCACCAACCCGGCGCUCACAGGAGAGGUAAGCCACUACAUAUGUGUCGAACUGCAGUGAAGAAUUCGAGUGGAUUCAAAGGGCUUGGACCGCAUCUGAGAUCUUGGAUGGCAGGUGGACUGCAAAUACCAAUACUCGUGCGACAACAAGGACAACAAGGUCCACGGAUGGAUAUCCUUCGACCCUCCCACUGGCUUCUGGCAGAUCUCACCCAGCGACGAGUUUCGGACCGGGGGCCCUAUGAAGCAGUCACUCACGUCCCACGUCGGCCCUACGACUCUCGCUGUAACCCACUCUCGCCCAAGAAUUCCGGCAGCGGCAGAGGAAGAUCUUUCGAGCUGCUUAGUUCAUCCGUCCUUCUCCCUCUUCACUAUCCGCCGCAGGUGUUCGUCAGCGACCAUUACGCCGGGAAGGCCCUCGUGCCCAGGUUCAGGAAUGGAGAGCGCUGGAAGAAGGUCUUUGGCCCCGUGUUUAUCUAUCUCAACAGCUCUCCAGAAGACGAGAACCCGUUAAGUCUCUGGAAGGACGCCAAAUUGCAGGUUAUCACUCAGCCUGUACCGCUCGCGUCAUUUGAAAUUUCCAAUGCUAAAAUGUCCAGGAAGCUCAUUCAACCAAAGGGCGAGGAAUUUCUUGAGACGAUCGUUCAAAUGACAUGAGCUCCUUGUGUUCAUCGCCAUUCAGAUGAUGUCUGAAUCCAGGAGCUGGCCGUACGAGUUCCCCGCUUCGGAGGAUUUCCCGAAAGCUCGGGAAAGAGGUUCCGUCGUCGGCCGGCUGCUCGUCCGAGAUCGGUGGGAGAUUGACGAUGCUCCAUUAAUUCACUGGAUAUUAUAGUGUGGUGUUAAUUACUACUAGGGCAUCCAAUCCCCAUUUUUCAGGUAUAUCAGCGAAGAAGACAUGCCGGCGAGCUCUGCUUAUGUCGGCUUGGCCUUGCCAGGAGAGGUGGGAUCAUGGCAAACGGAAAGCAAGGUAUCUCGGUGCUCUCAACGAUCUACAAUACGAACUAAUAUUUUCUGUAAUACAUACGUACAUAGAUAUAUAUUGAUAUAUAUAUCGAGAGAGAGAAAGAGAGAGAGAGAGAGAGAGAGAGAGAGAGAGAGAGAGAGAGAGAGAGAGAGAGAUCCUGCUUCUCCGGACAUAAUAAAAAGGAUUACUUUCUUUCUUCAGGGAUACCAAUUCUGGGUGAAGGCCGAGAUUGACGGUACCUUCUCCAUCACCAGCGUCCGGGCGGGGGUGUACGGUCUCUUCGCGUGGGUUCCCGGUUUCAUCGGCGACUGCAAACACCCCCAAAACAUCACCGUCGGCGAAGGUCAGCGAGCACACCCCUACCUCAGCACUACCAUAAAAUAAACGUCAGCUCUCUCCGAAAUGUUGAUGCAUAUCUCAUGACAGGAUCCCAGAUUGAUCUGGGCGACCUGGUGUAUGAGCCACCGAGGGAGGGUCCUACCCUGUGGGAGAUCGGCACUCCAGACCGCUCCACGGCGGAGUUCUUCGUUCCGGAACCCAACCCAGCUUACGUCAACAGGCUCUACGUCGACACCCCGGACAGGUCACCCACCGUGCAUCAUCUACGAACUAUCCGUCGUUUUGACGAUGAAGUUGCAUCUUCUUCUUCAUCCUGGUUUUGACGUCUGAUUUCCUCGUCUCUGUCUGCAAACCCGUGUACCGUCUCUCCUGGCACCUUUGGGAGCAGAUUCAGACAGUAUGGCCUGUGGGAGAGAUACGCAGAGUUGUACCCUACGCAGGAUCUCGUGUACGUAGUAGGGGAGAGCAAUUACACGAGGGACUGGUUUUACGCGCAGGUUACUCGGUGAGGAAGGAGACGGCACAUCGAACUCGGUCUCUCUUCCUUAUUAACGGCGCCGCCCUCUCCUGACGGGAGCCUUUCCUCCUUACUCGCAGGAGGCUAGUGAACUCUUCGAGAGCCUACAGAGAUACUACAUGGCAGAUACGAUUUACGCUCAAUUCACCUAUCCUGGAGGGCCUCUACAAGCUGCGGAUAGCUCUGGCAGCGGCGAAGAGAUCCAGACUACAGGUGAGGAAGACAAACGCUCAGAAGGAAGAACUGGACUCAAAUACCUCAUCCAUCCCUUCUCCGGGGGCCGUAAUGGCGCUAACGGACAGAGGAAUUUCGUACCCUGAAGGUCUGGAUCAAUGACCGGAGUGCGUCUUCACCUCAUUUCUCGACGGGGGUCGUCGGUGACGAGAACUCCAUCGCGAGGUUCGCCAUCCACGGCCUCUAUCGGCUGUUCUCCGUCGACGUUGACGGCAGCUUGCUCGUCGCCGGCGAGAACGUCAUCUUCCUGAACCAGGCGGAAGCGAAGAACCCCUUCGUGGGGAUCAUGUACGACUACAUCCGCCUGGAGGAACCCGCCACCUCCGUCUCCGGCAGGAGCUCCGGCAAGAGUCGGCGCCCAUCGUUGACUGGUAUCUUCUUCCUCUCGUCCCUGACCUACCACGUCAUCCGGGGAUAUUUGACACCGCUGAUGUACAUACAUUUCACUGGGACAACAUGUGUCUAG